GGGAUGUUCAUUUCGGAGUCAACAAAAUGAAAAGAUUUAACUUUUUCAACUAAGCAGAGGACUAGUUAAUUGCAUAUUCAGUACAGAAAUAACGCAAAGACUGGUGGCGAAAACAAAAAACGACGAGUCAUUUGUGUGUAAAUUAACUAUUAAUUCACGCAAUUAAAUGAAAAACGGUUAACAGUUGAAACGUUGAAGUAUGAAAAUUAUUCAAUUCAACUAGUUCGUUAAAUCUAUGCAUCCCUACUCUCUUUCACUCAUGUCACGUCAUGUCAUAUCAAGAUAAUUUUGUGCUUCAGCUUCACUUCAGCUUAUGUUGAAAUAAUUAAUUUAUUUGUAUACAGUUAAUGAUAAUUACCAGUUUUACUUAUUGUGGUCGUGACCAGAAAAAAUAUCUUACAAAAAUAAGUUCUCGUGAUUGAAAAGGAAAAUAAGUACGCAAAAAAUUGGUUGUGAUUAUACGUUGUAGAGUGACUAAUAUAUAUUGUUUUGUUUGUCUUUAUACUCUCAAUACCGCGAUUAUUGAAGCAAAUAAACAAAAUGCCGAUUCUAUUCAGCGUAGUUGCCCGGGGCACAGUUGUCUUGGCUAAGUAUGCUACUUGCGCUGGAAAUUUUACAGAAGUCACUGAACAAAUACUAACAAAGAUUCCACCUCGCGAUGACAAGCUUACCUAUUCACACGGGAAUUACUUAUUCCACUACAUUGCGGAAAACAAACUUGUAUACUUCUGCAUUACUGACGACAAAUUUCAACGUUCGAGAGCAUUCCUUUUUCUAAAUGAAAUCAAAAGAAGAUUUACUUCAGCAUUUGGGGAUACUGCACAGACAGCUAUCCCCUAUGCUAUGAAUGGGGAGUUUUCAAGAGUCCUGGCCACUGAGAUGACACAUUACAGCGAGUCAAAAGAUUUAGAUACUAUAUCUCGAGUGCACGGUGAACUUGACGAACUGAAGAACAUCAUGGUUAAAAACAUUGACAACAUGGCGAUGCGUGGCGAAAAACUAGAAUUACUGGUUAAUAAAGCUGAUAAUCUGGCAACACAUUCGGUCUCAUAUCGUGCGUCAGCUAGGACCCUCCAGCGUUCCUUGUUCUGGAAGAAUAUCAAGAUGUACGUGAUAUUGAUUCUUAUCGUUGGUUUAGCGAUAUAUCUGAUAGGCGCUAUGGCUUGCGGUGGACUUGCGUGGAAGUCUUGCGUUGCUUAAAUCUUAAUCAUGUUAUCAUCGAUAAUUGUAAUUAUAGAGAUGUAUACCACGAAAUGUUAGGCAUUCUAUAUCCUAAAGAUUAAAUUGCCUAACAGCAGUAAUCUCUAAUUGGUCGCUAAGAAGCCUUUUAGUGUAGAUUUAUUGUGAAAUUUACGCUAAGGGACUGCUUUGUGACCUUUUAUGAAUUGUAAAUGCGGCUGUAAUUGUAUUUUAUUUGAAAAAAUCUCUUUAAAAUGCUUUUUGAAAGUUAUAAAAAUUUUAUUCACCAUUUAAAACAGCACUUUUAGUUGUAGUUUGAAAUUUAAAAAUUCGACAAAAAUAUAUAAGUUUUGAUUUUCGAAUUUUGACGGUUACGAAAUAUUCCAGUCUACGCAAUGUUUUUAAAACAAGUGCACCGGUUUGUCGUUGAAAAAUUAUGCAAUUAUUAGCCAGUGAAAGUGUCCUAAAAAGUGAGUAGCGAAAUUAAUUUGUGUGUUUCGAGUUGAACGGUAAAUUAAAGGACAUAUUCUGACUGGUAUUGUAAAAGACAAAUAGAUGUUUGUAUGAAAGUAUUUACCUUGGUUGCGUUGUAUUUGAUGCACUAAAUUUGAUCUGUAUGUGCCAGUGAUUAAAUAUCAAAGACAAAUUCAAGUUUCUAUAGAAUUUCCCUACUCAUAAUAUUUACUCAUAAAAUUCAUUAAUUUUUAACUUUAAUAUAGUCCCCUCUACAACUUACAUAUGUCUAUCAGUAUUUAUCGUAUAACCUAAAAAGUGUGUGAUGUCAAAUAUAUGUUAAUUACUAUAGAAUUAUAGACCUACAAGGAUAUUUGACCUGUAGAAAUCAAACCAAAUUGUUACAGCUCACUAGCACUCUUGCAACGUCAAAAAGUGUCGUAAUAUUCAGACUGUUAGUGUCAUGUUUUGAAGUUUAUUUCAUUGUAUUUUGUAUUGAAAUUUAAAUUGUGAAUCUUUAUGAGUUCAUUUAUUAGUGUGGGUUUCAGCUGACUUUAUGAAAAUGUAAAUUUUUAUUUGUAUAGUACAAUAUUUGUAUAGUAAAAUUGCGAAUAAUUUUCAAUUGCAAAUGUCAAAAUUCAAAUAAUUAAACGACAUCGAAGGCCUUUGCCAUUCGCUAAUAAUUAUCGUUACUAUGGCAUUCUUGGUUCUUUGCUUCUAUUGGCUUGUUGUUUUUGUCAUUUUUAACAACGUCUAUUUUUUUUUCAAAUUAAUACACUUAAUUUAAAAAAACGUGAAGUUAUAUAGCUGUGGAUUCCACGCAUAGAUCUGCGCACAGUCUUCCAAAUCUUGAGCCCACAUGGUUGAAGUACAGGUUAAAAAUAAAAUUAAAAAGAAAACAUAUUUAACCUCCUUACCCUACAUAACCUAUAGCAUCUUGAUAGUGUAGGUGUUUCUAUAAAAAAGAGUAAUUAAAAAAUAUGCUGUAAUUGCUGAAACCCUACAUAACAAAGUGUGUGUUCAUGUUUUAUUGUAUGAAAAGUAUAGAUGAAAAUAUGUCAAUACAAGUUAAUGCAGUUUUAAGCCACUGUUAUGUUUCAUUUAAUUGUAAAAUAUUUUUGGAUUGCAGUUAAUGUCCUAUAUGUACUUUGAAAGUGGAAUAUACAUGUUUAAAUUUGCCUUAAUAAAGUUUAUGUACUAUUUUAUUUUGAAUAUUUUUUAUUUAAACAUGAAAAUUGUGGCUUAUGUUUAUAUGUUGACACUUAUGUUAUUAGGAGUUUAACUUUUAAUAUAAAAUUGUACUGUAGAAAUAUAUGUCACUGAUUCUUGUGGAAACAUUAGAAAGUGAUGCAAUAGAGAAAUAGAUUGAAAUGCCACCAAGAUUUUAUAUAUGUAUUUGUCAUACACACUACAAUUUCACAUAUAGAAAUAAUAAAACGCAUUAUUUGUGAAUACACUUCAAAAUAAUGUCUUGUGUUAAUGAUGUAUUGCCAUUAUAAAUAAUUAAAUUUGUAAAGCAAUUUUUGUCACUUUUAAAAUCCUAAUCUGUAAUGUUGACAAUGUUAGUAAUUUGUAUUUUUUUUAAUUGUAUUCAAUGUUUUAAUGAAGUGAGAGU